UUUGGGAUUGGGGCCGAUGUUUAGUUUGGUCCUGCCUCCGUCCCUAUAGUGACGCGUCACUGAGCAAGGGGGCGGAGCAGAGUUGGCUACAGGCAAGAUGGCGGCGACCAUGAGCAACGUGGAAGAAAUACGGACUCGAGCUGUACUGGGGGAAUUCGGUGUGAAAAAUGUCCAUUCGUCAGAUUUCCCUGGCAACUACCCUGGCUAUGAUGACACUUGGAAUAUGCAGACAUUUCAAAAGAACUUCAGGAUUGACAUAGUGAAUCUGGAGGAGAACAGCAUGGAGUUUGAUAUGGUGGGGAUAGAUGCAGCCAUCGCCAACGCCUUCAGAAGGAUCUUGUUGGCAGAGGUGCCUACCAUGGCCAUAGAGAAGGUGUUUAUCUAUAACAACACAUCCAUCGUCCAGGAUGAAGUCCUGGCCCACAGAUUAGGCCUCGUCCCCAUCAAAGCGGAUCCCCGCCUGUUUGAGUACAGGGACGCUGGUGAAGAGUCUGCAGAGGAACAAGGUUCAGAAAUAGACACAAUUCAGCUGCAGCUAAAGAUCAAAUGCAGUAGGAACCCCCGAGCCACCAAAGACUCCUCUGACCCCCGAGAGCUGUAUCUGAACCACAUGGUUUACUCCAGCGACAUCACGUGGGUCCCCAUUGGGAACCAGGCGGACGUGUUUGCAGACUCUGUCAUCAGACCGGUGCACGACGACAUCCUGAUCGCUCAGCUGCGGCCCGGCCAGGAGCUGGACAUCAUCAUGCACUGCGUUAAGGGCAUCGGUCAGGACCAUGCUAAGUUCUCUCCGGUGGCCACAGCCAGUUACCGGCUGCUGCCAGAGAUCACCCUGCUGGAGCCGGUGGAGGGGGAGAAGGCCGAGCGCCUCAAACGCUGCUUCUCACGAGGAGUCAUAGACAUAGAAGAUGUGAACGGGACAAAUGUUGCAAAGGUAGUGAACAGUCGCUUGGACACAUGCAGCAGGGAAGUGAUCCGUCAUGAUGACCUGAAGAAUGUGGUGAAGCUGGCCAGACUGAGAGAUCAUUUCAUCUUCACAGUGGAGUCCACCGGCAUCCUGCCCCCCGACGUGCUGGUCACAGAGGCCAUCAAAGUCCUCAUGACCAAGUGUCAGAGGUUCCUCAGUGAGCUGGACUCUCCGAGUGUGGAAUGAAGUCCUGACUGAGCAUGCUCAGAACCACCAAGGAGGAAACCCCCCCCCCCCCCCGGCUGUCUGGACUGCCGCCCCUCAAUGGCUCUGUGGGAAUGUGGCUGUAUUGAUAAAACCCAAACUGAACUUAUAGAAAGCAGAUGUUGUUACGGUGGUUAGACUUGCUUGUAAGUAUGUAUAUACCACUGUCUCUAGACUGUUGAACACGCUCUUGAUUUUGCAUAUUAAACAUGACAUCUCCGAUAAUAUCCACAUAUUCA